UUGGGAUUUAAACUUAAUUACAAUCACUGCCUCACAAAGAGAAAAGGGAAAGACUGAAAGGUUGAGAGAGGGAGGAGAAAAAGAGAAAUGAUUUAACAAAAACUAUUAAGAGAAACCCAUAUGAAAGAGAGCGUUUCAAUGAAAUGUAGUGUUGGGUAGCAUGUAGCGGGAGUAGAACUCAUGGAAAUAAUGUUUUGCAACUGACACACACUCAACUGUUGUUAAGUUGGCUGGGCAGCAGACACGGGGGUCUCUGGCAGACGUCUGGCUUUUUAAGCUAGGUUUGUGCAUUUGUCUAAGCAUGUUAGGAGACUUCGGCAGCCAGUUUAAGGAGGAGGAGAUAGUGACGCGGUAAAACUCAGAGCUCAAAUCUCAGUUUGCCGCUGCAGUGUCUCCCUCAUUAUAGCGGGUAGAGAUGGAACUUCAGCAUGAAUGAAGAAAUUGACUUUUAUAAGCAUUUCACUUGGCUUAAAAAGGUUAAUCUCCAGUUCUCCAUCAACAAUGAGACCUAUCAGGAACGGCUGUCAAGAUUAGAAGGGGACAAAGAAUCUCUGGUUCUCCAGGUGUGUGUCCUUACAGACCAGGUUGAAGCUCAAGGAGAAAAGAUCAGAGAUCUGGAAAGUUCUCUGGAGGAACAUCACCAUAAACUCCUUUCUACUGAGGAAAUGCUCCAACAGGAGCUCCUCAGCCGAACUUCACUGGAGACGCAGAAACUGGAACUGAUGGAUGAAGUUUCCUGUCUGAAACUCAAGCUGGUCGGUAUGGAGGAGGAACACAACAAAAUAGAUGAAGAGGACAAACAUCAUAAAGCUGAGAGUGUGGUUAAUCUAAUUAGUGAGCUACAGGAACAGAUGUGUAAAUUCCAGGAGGAAAUCAGCAAUCGCAUUCUGGAGCAGCGGGCCCUGGAGAGCCAGGGGGACAGUGCCACACGCGAGGCUCACGACCAGAGCCCCGAUGUGGGCCUUGGUGCCUCGGAUGCUGAGGAAUGUAGCUGCUACUGUAGAAGCGGAGGAGAGAAUGCAUUGCUGCAAGAGCUUCGCCUUCUUAAGAGCAAAGUUGAUGAACUGGAAGGGGAGAAAUCACAAUAUGAAAGGAAACUCAAAGCCACAAAGGCGGAGAUGGCCAAACUCCAGCAGCAGCUUGCUAUGAAAGAUGCUGAAAUCGAGUGUCUACAGAAUCAGCUUCUAUCCCGGGGAACCGUCAGCAACGACAUCAAAGAGAGAGAUCAAGAAUUGCAGAGGCUAAAAACUGGAAUGGAGACACUAAUAGCUGCCAAUAAUGAAAAGGAUCGCCACAUUGAAGAGCUCAGUGCUCUGUUAGGCCAUUACAGAAAAAUUAAGGAUGGUUCGGCCCUCUCUCAAAUAACCAAUGAUUCCUUGCUGUCUGGUAGCAGUGAAGAGGAUCUUAGUGGCAGUCGAAAAAUCAAAACCUUGACCCAUAAAGGAUACUCUGAUGUCAUCAGAUCAGAGCUGCAGAUGUCUUCCCGAGGCCCAUCACCGCUCCUGGUCUCUCCUCCAUGUCUACAGAGGGAUCUGGACUCAAGCUUUCGCAGUAUACAGCCCUCCAUGGAGACCUCUGUGGUAUCCAUUGGCGAAUUGGGCUUUUACAACAGACAAUGGUCGAUGCAGCAAAUGCUGUCCACUAGUUUGGAAGAACUCCAAAGUGGGAGCUUACAGAUGCAUGUAGUACGCCAACCAGUAGAGGCUGUUUUAGAGAACCGAUAUAAUCCAGAUAAUAAAUAUCAGACCCUCCCGGGCAAGUUUUGUCGACCAGAGCAGAAUGGAGUGAGACUACUGCCGUCUUCCCCUCUGCAAGUGUCUCCAGAUGAAAGUGAAGACAGUGAAUUCAACCUAAGACCACGGAGAAAGCAUGAUCAGUUUGUGGUUGGAAAGACAGAGAAGGCGGAUGACUCUACCCUGUCUGAUCUUUCGCCCAUGUCGUCUGGGGUAGAUUCAGGCCAGCAGUCCCCCGUUUCACCAGAAAACAAGAAACACCAUAAAGGCAUCAGAAAACUGUGGGGAAAGAUCAGGAGAACACAGUCGGGCAGUCUCCCUGCAGAAGGUUCUGACUCUGAGUUCAAGAGAGGGGGCUUCAGAUCCACAGCCGGCCCUCAACUCACCUGCCUGGGCAUUGGUGUCUCUUCACGUGAGGUGAACACCCCCUUUUCGAAGUGGUCAUGUGAUCAGGUGUGCGAGUGGAUGGAGGACUUUGGACUGGGUCAGUACAUAAAUAUGGCCAGACAUUGGGUCACAAGUGGUCAGACUCUCCUCUCUGCCUCCUCACAGGACAUUGAGAAGGAACUGGGAAUAAAACACCCUCUACACAGGAAGAAACUCCAGUUAGCUCUGCGCUCCUUCAGCAAUAAGAUGACAGAGAAAUCUUCAGAACUGGAUCACAUCUGGGUCACACGCUGGCUGGACGAUAUCGGCUUACCGCAGUACAAAGACCAGUUUAAUGAAGGACGUGUAGAUGGCAGAAUGUUGCAGUACUUAACAGUGAAUGAUCUACUGUUUCUGAAAGUCACCAGCCAGCUGCAUCAUCUCAGUGUCAAGUGUGCCAUCCACGUCUUGCAUGUGAACAAGUUCAACCCCAACUGCCUGAAGAGAAGACCUGGAGAUGAGAAUAAGACAUCUCCUUCUGAGGUGGUUCAGUGGUCUAAUCACCGUGUGAUGGAGUGGCUCAGAUCGGUUGAUUUAGCAGAAUACGCACCCAACCUGAGAGGCAGUGGAGUGCAUGGUGGACUCAUUAUUUUGGAACCUCGUUUUAAUGCAGAUACCCUUGCUUUGCUCCUAAAUAUCCCACCUCAAAAGACACUUUUGAGGAGGCACCUGGCAACCAACUUUAACACGUUGGUGGGCUCUCAGGCUCAACAAGAAAAACGAGAGUACAUGGAAUCAUCAAACUACACACCACUGACCACAACGGCGAAGGUCCGGCCACGUAAAAUGGGUUUCUCCACUUUUGGGCACCGUAAGAAACAUGCUGACGACUCUGCAGACUACAUCUGCCCUCUGGAUGCAUCCCAAGCCCAGGCCCUGCUUAACGGGGCCAACCGGCCCUACAGUGGCUUUAGGGGCCUCAGUCCCAUCUUUGACAGGGACCCAGAGAGACAGGAGCAGGUGGGACCUCUACAGAACUGAUGCUGUUGAGCUUGCAGCCAAUAACCCUCCACCCAUAUCCCACCAACCGCACCAACCUCCAAACGACACCCUGGUUCCUCUCAGUGCCAUUAUCUAACACCCCAGCAUCCCAGCAUUUACAGAAAGACACUCAGUGGAGGGGUUGAAAUGUAUUUGGAUCCAAGGGUUUAGUACUGUAUUAUGACAUCAUUAUCAAUUCACCAAGGCAAAAGGGUUUAGUCCUAAAUACUCUCUAGUGCCACUUCAACUGUGAUGGACAGUCGGAUAUUUUCAGCAAAAUGACUUUAUACAUGUUUUUGUGAUUUAAAAAAAAAGUAUUUUAAAUUAUCAGAGAUUUAUCUAACAAGUAUUGCAUUUUUUAUAACCUAACACCUACUUUGGCCUGUUUUAAAAGACAGUAUGUACAAUGACAUUAUGCAAUAUUUGCAUAUAUUUUAGGGAUUUAUUUAAUGGUAUAUUUAUGUUGGUGAAUUUUAAGUACACAUCCAGAAUAUUUAUUCUUAAAUGUUCAGUGCAUUUUGAACGGCCUGACUUGUGGUUAUUUUCAUACAAUAAAACACAAAAGACUAUUUUUAUAGGUAAAUAUCUUGCCUAUUCAGUUAAAAAGGACCCUCUUUUGGACUGUAACGAUAUUCCCCAAAACUUUGUUACAUAAUAAACUUCCUCAAUCAUUCUGA